AAAUUAGAUCCCAGUUUAUACUCGCACCAUUUCUUUGUACAUUUUCAAGUUCAACUUUUGGACUUAUUGAGCCAUAUUUGAAAAUAUUUGGGUCAUAUUUUAUACAUAAUAUUUGUUAUAUUUUCGUAAAUUAAAAUAUGAUCUAAAAUUUUUAUUUACUACUUAAGCAUCCAAUAAAUAAGAUCAUCCACAACCUUAUCAUAUAAAUUGUAUUAUAACUUAACAAAAACUGUGUUCAGUGUACUUUAAGUUUCACCACAAAUUAAUUAUCAUGGAACUACAAAUAAUAAGUUACACUCUAGAUGAUUUAUAUCUAGCCGUUAUAGAAAAUAAUAUUGAAAGUAUUCAAGAAAUCCUUAACAAAAACCGAGAACUUCUGCAGGAGAUAAAACCCGAGUAUGGUUGCCCUAUAAUAUCCAUAGCAUGUUACAAGAAGGAGAUUAAUCAAAGAACUAUAAGGGAAUUAUUGGAAUUGGGAGCUAAUUGUAGUGAUCCGAAUGGCGAUGAAGGGUGGAGGCCCAUUCAUUAUGCUGCAUGCGAAAAAAAUCUUGAUGCUUUAAAAACCCUCGUGGAGUUUUCUAAGAAAUGUAUAAAUGAUAGGGAUCAAUAUGGAAACAACGCGCUGCAUUUUUUGUUCAAAUCCAAAAAUAAACCUUGCAGUGAUUUAUACGAUUGUGCUGAUUUCCUUAUUGAGCAUGGCAUAAAUGUUCAUCAGAAAAAUGCCAAGAAUCUAAGUCCACUGGAUCUAUUUUUUAAGAACAAAGAUACUGAGAGCCAAAUGGUAAUCCAAGAUAUACUAUCAAAGUAUGGAAAAGGUCUUGUAGCCGACGAACCAGAUGACAAAUUGUUGGAGUAUAUUAACAAGGAGGACGAUAACAAUGUCUUACAAGAACUAAAGAAAAUCCCUCCAGAACAGUUAUGUGGCGAAUACCGAACACAAAGUUUAACUUUACUUGAGUUAUGUUGCGACCAUAUGUUAGAACAGUCUGUCAAAUAUCUCUUAGAAAAGGGCGUCAGUCCUAUGGAUUUUAAAAAUAAAGUUGCACCAAUUAUCUCGAUGGCACAAAGAGGAUUAUUUGUAAUAUUUAAAAUACUGCUAGAUUCUUAUAAAUUAGAGGAUUUACCUAGUGACUUACUUCUAACAAUUCUAAUAAAUAUUGACGAAGGACAAUUCCAUCUGAAGUGCUAUAGAGCACUUAUCGAUCGUAUAAAGGAUUGUGAACUAAUACGAGUAAAAAUGGUAAAUUAUGCAGAUAAAAUGCUUAACACUCCACUGAUGUAUGCUCUAUGUUUUGCAAAUUCAAAUAUCGUCCUAGAACUUCUCGGUUUGGGAGCUUACUUAGGGAGCCGAAACAUACUGGAAAACACACCAAUUAAGAUAAUCGAACCACAAGAUUUAAAAACACACCUAAAUAAUUCAGUAAUUUUAUGUGAAGAGUUUAAUCGAUACGAUGAGGAAUUUAAAGUUACAUUUAAGUUUGAUUCAUUAGUGCAAUCGAUUUCCGACACAUCUGAUACUGAAGUGGUGUUUGCUAUGACGAAAUCACGUGGAGUUAAACAUCUAGUGGCACACCCAGUGGUUGUAAGCUUCAUUACCUUAAAAUGGAGACAGUAUCAAAUGAUAUUUUACGCAAACUUUGCGGCUUUCAUAUUAUUUUUUCUUAGUUAUGCCAUAUUUAUUUUCUUGGAUUAUAAUUACAAUAAUACGCAAAAUCAAAAGGAUCUAAGGGAUGCAGCGAAAGGCAUAUUGUUUUUAUUAACAAUAUCGUUAACCAUAAGAGAGUUGUUCCAGAUCUUCGUCGAAUAUUUGGAGUAUUUAAAACAUUUGGAUAACUACCUUGAAUGGAUUUUGAUUAUAGUAGCCUACUUAACUAUCUUUUCAAAUGAAAAUAAAAGAGAGUUGUGGGCCGUAUCAGUUUUGUUACUGUCAUUAGCAUUUGUUCUUCAGCUGGGGCAGCAUCCGGCUUUCUCCACGAGCAUAGUAAUGCUUAGAACGGUGGCUUUUAAUUUUUUCAAAUCGUUUUUGGCAUACUGUGUUUUAAUUUUUUCUUUUGCCGUAAGUUUUUACAUUUUAUUUACUAAAAAUAUCAAGGAUGUUAACGAACAAAAUUAUGUCGAAUCCUUUGACACGUUUCAAGUUGGAAUGUUUAAAACUCUAGUAAUGCUUACAGGGGAAUUCGAUACCGGUAACCUUACCGGAUUAUUUUCGGAUGGUUUUUUUAUAACUAGGGUUGUGUUUGUCUUCUUUAUACUUAUAGUACAUUUAAUUUUGCUAAAUCUUCUUAAUGGUUUGGCUGUGAGUGAUACUCAAGUUAUACGUAAUGAUGCCGAGUUAUUCGGACAUAUUGCCAGAGUUAAGUAUAUCAGAUUAGUUGAGAAUGUUCUGGCUGCUGAAGGUUGGUUGAGUAAAUUAAGUUUGAGGUGCUCAUGGUUAUCAAUGAUGUUUAGGCCAGUAAAGGAUAUUGAGACUGGUAGUUUAACACAAGCACAGUUCGAGCUCGAUUAUUAUCCUAAUAAAAAUAAGUUUUGUGAAUGGAGCCCUUACUAUAAAUUAAUGAAAAAUGUCAGAUUGAACGAUCACACUUUAAAUGAAUUGCGAGAUAUUAUACAGAACAAAGUUAAAAACGACACCGCAUGUUAAUAAUGUUUAGGCACUUAUGUUUUUACCGAUUUAUAGAAAAUAAAUAUUUAUUAUAAAGAGA